UUUCCCAAAUCUCUAUCUUUUUUUGGUUUUUGUUUCCCCGUCUCUGUCUCGGCGGCUGUGCCUUUGAGGCUGAGAGUGUAAUUUCUCUUUCUAAAACCCCAAGUCUGAGUUUUGGGAUUCGAUUCUAGGGUUUAGAGAUUCUUCGGUGUGGUGAUGGCGCCUAUAGUUGCUUCCUCCGUGGAUCAAACAGCAGAGCUGUUGCAGAAAUUGUCUGCAGUCUCACAAGCGAAGCCCUUGGACAUUCCUGAGCCUGCCAAGAAGCCUUUAGUUUAUCAGUAUGGUUCUGUUGAUUCAGGCAACGCUGGGAAUACCCAAGUUCCAUCAUUUGAGAGAUCUGCAACGCCUUUGCUGCCGGAUUUUAUGGAUCCAACUAUGUGCUAUAUUCCCAGUGAUUAUUCAUCUGCCUAUUACUAUGGAGGCUUUGACACCUCUGGUAAUGAAUGGGAUGAAUAUUCACAAUAUGUGAAUCCAGAUGGAUUUGACAUGACUAAUGGAGUGUAUGCAUACAAUGGAUCUCUUAUGUAUCAUCAUGGUUAUGGCUAUGCAGCAUAUGUUCCAUAUUCACCUGCAACUUCCCCAGUUCCGACUAUGGGAAGUGAUGGUCAACUGUAUGGGCCUCAGCACUACCAGUAUCCUCCCUUAUUCCAGCUGAUGACUCUGACCGGUGGUCCAUUCACUCCAAACCCUGCUGCUCUGCCGCAUGGAAAGCUUGUGACAUCUUCCGGUGCUGAUCAAAAGCCCUUGCCUGUUGAAACAGUGAAUUCAAAUUCCAAUGUAGUUGCUAAUGGAUGCAGUGUGAAGGGCAGUAGCGGACCAGGUGCAAUAAAACCAUCAUACCCCAGCUCAUUUAAUUCCAAUAAUUCUUAUGGAAGGGGAGCACCGACAGGAGGUGUUCCUACAUCUGGAUAUCAGGAUCCAAGAUAUGGUUUUGAUGGGUUUCAUUCUCCUAUCCCAUGGCUGGAUGGACCUAUGUAUUCUGAUGGGCAACACAGUCCUUUGACUAGCACUGGAAAAAAUUCUUCGGUUUCAAAAGAAAAUGGUUUUCCGUCUUCAAGGAAUCAAAACUUCCGAUCAAAUUCUAACUACGUGGGACUACAGCAUCCUGGGCUAAUGUCUGCCAUGGGAACUCAUGGUUAUGUUAACGGGAUGUACCCAAACAAACCAUACGGCCAGUAUGGGAACACAUUCGGAUCUGGAAUGGGCUUUGGAUCUAAUGUUUAUGAUUCGCGUACAAAUGGAAAGGGUUGGUUGGUGGACAAUUAUAGACCAAGAGGACGAGGCAAUCAUUAUUUUGGUGCUGGCAAUGAUAUCAUGGGCAGUUGCAAUGAAUUGAACAGGGGACCUAGGGCUAAGGGGCCUAAGAACCAAAAGGGUGCAACUCCUGUUCUAGAAGGAGCUAUCAAGGGGCAAAAUACUCCCUCAGAUGGAUCCAAGGAUGAGGAAAAGGCAUGUGUUGUUCUGGACUGUGAACAAUAUAACCGAGAGGAAUUCCCUGUGGAUUAUGACGAUGCCAAAUUCUUUGUUAUUAAAUCAUACAGUGAGGAUGAUGUGCAUAAAAGCAUCAAGUACAACGUUUGGGCGAGCACACCAAAUGGUAACAAAAAGCUUGAUGCAGCUUACCAUGAGGCUCAGCAGAAAUCGGGUCACUGCCCUAUAUUUCUUUUUUUCUCGGUCAAUACAAGUGGCCAAUUUGUUGGCCUUUCUGAGAUGGUAGGACCUGUUGACUUUCAGAAGAACGUGGAUGUCUGGCAACAAGACAAGUGGACUGGUUGUUUCCCAGUAAAGUGGCACAUAAUUAAGGAUGUACCCAACAACUCCUUGAAGCACAUUACCCUAGAGAACAAUGAGAAUAAGCCCGUCACAAAUAGCAGGGAUACACAAGAGAUCAAGCUUGAGCAAGGGCUUAAGUUGCUCAAAAUCUUUAAGGAGUAUUCCAUUAAAACUUGCAUUUUAGAUGACUUUGAAUUCUACGAGGUUCGGCAGAAAGCAAUUAAGGAGAAAAAUGCUAAACUUCAGUUGCAAAAGCAGCAGGUAUGGGAAGGAAAGGCUGCAGCAGAUGAAAAGGAACCUAGUUUAACUGCUGCAUUGCCGGAAUCUGAAUAUAGCCGAAACGUCGGUUGCUAGUUUAGCUUUUAUCGGGAAUUCCGUCGAGGUGUUGGUGGUGUGGUCUCUUGUAGAAUAAGAUGGCAGAGUGUGAGUUUGUAACUGCUUCAGAAUCACAGAACAGUGGACCCAAUCUUGGAGGGGAGUUUUCUUGUUGGGGGUGAAGAUAUAGAAAGUGAAUAAUCCAUGGCAGGGAAUGUACAAGUGCUUCUUUACUGUUUUCUUAGGAAGCUGUUGGGUUUUUAUGGCUUUUAAUUUCAAGUGUUAGUUUUUUU